AUGGAGAAGGAGAUAAAGGGCAUUAAAUUGGAGAUGGAGAAGCUGAGGAAUCUCCCUCGCUUUUCAGCCAAAGAGGAUGAAAGGGCGCGAACAUACGCAAACACGGCUUCCUCGGCUGUGUCGACAGAGGAGAAAGAAAAUAGUAGGAAUGGCAACCAGUGUCUUGAGCUAGAAAAGCGUGGUAAGACGCGAUCUCAGCGAACAAAAAGAAAUCUCAGGGUACCUCGAAAAGGCACAGAUCGUCAGACAAAGGAACAAGAGUUGUCUACACUACAGACGAAAAUCGCGCCGCCGAAAACGAUAAAUGAUCAAAAGAUCGUAGAAAACAGGCAGUCAUGCGUUAGUUCUGCCGAAUCAAACCUUCCUAAAUCGGUGGAAGGCGGUAGCCGGGAUAUCCACGAUGAAGACUCUGCAGGUAUGAUUAAACUACAAGGCCGUCUAGUUGAUCGCAGUAAAUGCAUUGUUAUAAAGGGCAUGCCUGAGUCUGUUUCCGACACUCCAAAGGACAGAAUACAGCAUGACAUAGAAAUAUUCCAGGAAUUCAGUUCAGUUCAGUUUAUUUGAGGGAAAUAUAGGUGUUGAACCUUUGAACUCCCUAUUUGUUACAAGGAAGCGAACUAUAUCAAAAAGUUGAAAUGGAAACAUCAAACAGCUGCAGAGUGUCUUCAGAUUGGCAAAGUUUUCGAGCCAGACAGAUAAACGAAUUGUUCCAAGAGUUAAAAACAUUAACGUUACUAAGUGUGCUGUGCAGUAGUCUGUCUAUGGAUAGUUGGUUCUAUCCCAGUUUCUGAGGGAAACGAAUAAGACGCCAAAACACAUUCAACAGACAUUGGACAAUAAUAAAAAACAAACGUUACUGAAAUACAGAAAGUAAUAUAACAGCAUUAACAAAUUGCUCGAACUAAAUGCUAGACGUUGUCGGUCAGGUGGCAUUAUGACGUUUGGUGGUAAACUGGUCCAACUUGCGCUUAAAAGCCUCGACGGAGGUGUACAUGACGACAUCUGUAGGCAGAGCAUUCCAGGCCUCAAUCAAUCUGUUUGAAAAGAAGAACUUCCGAAUAUCCAGCUUGGCGCCAGUUACGCGUAGUUUAAGUGGAUGACCUCGGAGGUUCGUUGUGGUCGCUAACUCAAAGAAAUCAGCAGGUACGAGACAGCAGUCCUGGCCGCGCAGUGUACGGAAUGUUUGUAUAAGGUCGCCUCUUAGCUGUCUGUAACUCAGUGGAAAAAGUCAGAGAUUGGACAAACGUGUUUCAUAGGGUAGUGAACCCUGUCCACUUACUAGUUUGGUCGCCCGCCUUUGGACUUUCUCAAGGGUGCUGAGAUCUUUAGAGGUCCAGGGUUUCCACGCCUGACUAGCGAACUCUAGCUGUGGCCGUACGAAAGUCCGAAAGACUUUAACGAAGCAGUCCUCAUCGAAGGUAGAGAAAGCUCUCUUGACAAGAUAAAGGACUGUCAUCGCAGACUUGGCUAACUUGGAGCAGUGGAGGGACGGUUUUAGAGAAGCCGUUACCCACACACCCAAGUCCUUCUGGGCGUCUACCUCCUCCAGUGGUACGCCAUUUAGGUAUUAAACCCUCCGGCUUUGAGAUCGGGUCCUGCCGACUCGCAAAACAUUGCACUUAGUCACAUUAAACGGCAGAAGCCAGUCCUGUGACCAUUUCUCGAGUCGGGUCAGGUCUGCCUGCAAGCGCUCUUCGUCCAAUUCAGUUCGGAUGACGCUCCGAAGUUUAACAUCAUCAGCGAACAUGGCGACAUUACAAUUCAGUUCACUGACGCAGUCGUUGACGUAUAUAAUGAAUAAGGUAGGGCCAAGAACGGAGCCUUGCGGAACACCGCUUUCAACCGCUACCUCCGCCGACUGCCUGUCAUCGACGUGGACGAUUUGAGAGCGACCGAUCAAGAAACUUUGUAUCCACCUCAGGAGAUUACCCCUUAUGCCUAUCCGGCUUAAUUUGUACAGGAGACGCUGAUGUGGUACACUGUCGAAUGCCUUCUUAACGUCGACGUAGACUGCGUGCACUGCAUUGCCGCCAUCGACUGCCCGGGUCCAGCGAUCUAAACAAUAAAGUAGAUUUGUCACGCAUGAUCUGCCUCCACGAAAUCCGUGCUGGGCAUCGCAUAGCAGAUUAUGCUCUUCUAGGAAGCGCAUUAUUUCUCGCUGUAGUUGUUUUGCUAAGACCUUGCUGCCGCCUUUAUAAAUUGCCAUGAUCCGCGCGGAUUUCCAAUCGGCGGGAAAGAAGCCUGCUUCGAAUGAAGCUUGGAAGAGCAUGGACAGCGGUUUAGAUGCUUCUCCAGCAAGCUCCUUCAAAAAUUUCGGCGGUAUGUCAUGCGGCCACGGUGAUUUGGACUCAUUCAGCGUCAACAGUACUUUGCGAACAAUAGUUUCAGCGAAAGAGACGUGCUCGAUUGUUGGCCCGUCCACUAUGUCGCAGUCGGGAGGGAGAAAUAUGCUCUCCUUCGUAAAGAUGAACUUAAAAAAUUGUGAAAAGUGCUCUGCCUUUUCUCCGUCUUCACUGAGUUCUAGGUCGUCACUAGAUUUCAGUAACGGGGUUGGAUCUCUGUUUCGCGUGCUUCUUCUUAUGUAACCAUAGAAUAACUUCGGAUUUUCUGCGGCUCGAUUCAGUAGGUCUUUCUCGAAAGUACGCCGCGUCCCUAAGAGUAACAUCCUAACUAGGCUCCUCUGUGCUUUGUACGCAUUUAUCGACACAGAGCUCCUAUCCGAGAGGGAUUUUCUCCGUAACCUCCGCUUUUUAUUCACUUCUUUUUUUAAUGCUUGUGUUAGCCACGGGGGUCUGCUGUUCAGUUUCUUCCAUGAAGUAGGACAGUGGUCUCUGAGAAGAACGUGCAGUAACCCAAUAAACCAGUCCCAAUCCUUGAUUAUAUCACCGGAAAAAGCUGAUUCCCAGUUUAUGGAAUUUAGUUCAGCUUUCAUUUGGGCAAAGUCACCGCGCCAAAUGUUCCUUCUAACCCUGGUGGCCUGUUCGGGUAGAGAAAAAAUGGAGUACUCCCACAACAGUACGACGUGGUCGCUUCGACCUAGGGGGGGUAGACAUUGCACCUCAUCAAUGCUGUCCAGUGACUUCGUAAGGAGCAGAUUCAGACAGUUUGACUGUUGCCCUUCGCGCACCCUCGUCGGAAAAGAGACGUGCUGAGUGAGAAAUAACUUGAGGGUCAUGUCCAGCAAACGUCGGUCGAAAGCAUGGUUUGGAACAGAUGCAUAAGCUGAACUCCAGUCGAUAACAGAUGCGUUGAAGUCCCCCACAAUUAAGACGUCAGACCGGAUAGAGAAUCUUUCCAGGUCCUCAAUCAGACGGGCGUCCGCCGUGGGAUCAUUUCUCGGCGGUCGGUAGACCAUCAGGACGUCAAGGCUCGGUGAACACGGUGCUUUUAUAGUUAGCCAAAUUGCCUCAGAAGUACACGAAAGUUUAUCUGUUUUGUCUGAGACUAUAAGCCCGUGUUUUACAUACGUGAGUACACCUCCGCCCUGACGUCCUGACCUGUCUCUUCUAAACAACUGGUAUCCUGGUAUAGUUAACUCACGGUUGUCCACCUGCUGGUUCAGCCAAGUUUCUGUAAGUGAGAUUAUAUCCGGGGAUAGAUCAGAUAGAUGGAUCUUUAGCUCGUCAAUUUUCGACAACAUGCUCUGCACAUUUGUAUUUAGAAAUCUCAGUUUACGAUUUAUGGUUGGCCGAGAAGUAAUUUUGGUGCGUCUAGGACUUUCGCCUACUAUUCCAGUUGCGCGGUCAUCCGGAUCGGGCCCGUCCAAAGAAAGGAUGAUGGGCGCUGUCUGAUUUGGUUGUUGUAGAUAACCAAAUUCCGUUCUCCUUCGCUGAGUCUCUUCCUCAGCUCUAGAACUAGAAGACGACGUUUCAGCCUCUCUGCUGGUGAGUAAUCCGGUUGAAAAAAAACGCCGGGGUUGGUGCCUUUUAUUCUAAAGCGCCGAGAAAGAAUCAACCCAGCUUGCUCCUUACAAGCCAGCACAACUUUGGGAGGUCGGGGCCGUGUUGGUGUUGGCAGACUUCUGGUCCGUUUUCCGAGACGAAAGGCUUUGAGUACUUCAAUUGCCUCAGUGGGUUCCAGGAUAUUGUUGAGCAAGCCAUGGAAAAACCUUAGAUCUUCCGAAACCCGCUCUCUAGGAGUGUUGGCAUUAGAUUCAGGGAGCCCCUGAAUAACGAGACAUUGGUCUCUGGCGAUAUCGUUCGUAUAUUUUGUUGACGCAUUUCUCUCUGAUGGAUGUGGUACUUUAAGGGUAUUAGAUGACGGUGGUGCAACACAUUCUAUAUCGCGGUUUCGAUGAUCGACGCCAGUUUUAACUGACUUGUAGGAGGCAGCUGAGGACGGUGGCGAAUGACGGUCUGUAGAUUCGGUAAUUGCCUCAAUACCAAUACUUGUGCUGGGUUCAUCCGAUCCAAGAGUUUUCUGGGCGUUACGAACUGUUUUUGGACUUUCGGCAUUAACCGUUAUGGACGGGGCAGUUGUCGUGGUUUCUGGCUCGGGUGCUGUGGGAAUAUCACUUAGAAGCGGCUGCUCAGUUUCGUUGGCUUUUUUACAGCCGGAUUUCUUCUCGUUUUUCCGGUUUCCUUGUUGACUGCUGUCAAUUUUAUUUCUUGCUAUUCGAUCCUGCACAGCCGUAUCUGUUACAGAAGGCAUUUCAGAAGAGCCUUAAUAAGAGGCGAGAAAGUCACAGUAUUAAAGGCUUUCAGGGUAGGUCAAAUAAAAGACUCAAAUCAUGAACCAGACCGACCGAGACCGUUAAAAAUUGUCCUUGAGAAUGACGAACAAGCGCAGCUAAUUUUGAGCAGGAAAGCUGCAAUUCAACAUGCCCAUCCAUCGGUUUUUUUUCAGUUGAACUUUUCACCCGCGGAGCGAGAAAAAUGGAGGGGGCUCAAAUUGGAAAUCCUAAGGCGGUCGAGUCUGGGCGAGACAAAUAUCCGAAUAGUGGACGGAAAAAUUAUACGCGUCCAGAGGCCAUUCCUCUGGAGAAAGCCCAUAACUCCAACAGCUUAGAAGUGAUGGAAAGCAGUUCAUCCCGACCAGCUCAGACCGGCUUUUGCAUUCAAUCUCAGGAGAUGGAUAAAUGCCUGUAUGCCGGAGUUGUCCGUGCCAAAUUGAGAUUUUUGUAUACCAAUGCACAAAGUCUCGUUUCGAAGAUCGAUGAACUCAAAGCGAUAGUAUCAGAACGAAUUCUCGACGCCAUCGCCAUAACGGAAUCUUGGCUUAAUGGGGAAAUCGUGGAUGCUGAGAUUUCGAUACCGGGUUACCAGCUGUUUCAUAGAGACCGUCAAAAUAGGCAGGGCGGAGGGUUAGUCGUAUAUGUAAGGGAAGGAAUUUCAGCAGUUGAAAGAGCCCACACACUAUCCCUUGAAUAUGAAUCCGUCUGGAUAAAGAUAAAGAAGAGCAAUGCACAAAAUCUAGAAUUUCUGGCGAGGUACAGACCACCAAAUCUUCUGAGUGCAGCUGAUGAGUCGCUCCUUGGUUUAGUCAAAGACGUAGCUAGCCACCAAGAGGUACUUUAGCUGGGGAUUUCAACGCACCUGCAAUAGAGUGGGAAAAUAUGGCAGUUAAUGGUGGACCAGCCUCUUUCACCAAUAAGCUACUGGACCUCACACUCGAUCUCCCUCUGGCGCAACAUGUGAAGGUACCAACAAGAUUUCGAGAGAACCAGAGAGCGAAUUGUCUAGACCUAGUUUUCACUACAGACUUCUCUAAUAUCGACGAAGUGUAUUCUAAUGCACCUCUCAGGAAAAGUGACCAUACUACGCUACUAUGGGAUUACUCGCGUUUCUCUCAACGCCAGAAGAUAACCGAGGGCCAACCUAAUAUAUGGAAGGCAGAUUUUAACACAAUGAAGAACGAAUUGCUGUCCGUGAAUUGGAACCAAUUACUCAGGGGAGAUCCGGAGGACGACUGGAGAUCUUUUAAGACGAUUUCACUAGAUCUGAUUCGACGCUGUUGUCCACCUAAAGUACAAAAAACAACUUGUCAACCUCCUUGGUUAACUAGGGACCUAAAUAGGCAGCUACGGAAGAAAAGUUAAAGAUGGAAAAUAUUCAGGGAAACUGCGUCACCAACGCAUUUCGAAGAAUUUCGUCGUCAACGAAAUGCAGUCAAGAAAUGUAUCCGUCAGGCAAGGAAAGAGUAUGAAUCCAAAAUUAUCCGACAAGCUGAACAGAAGCCUAAGAUUUUGUUUCACUAUCUUAACAGUAGACUGAAAAUAAGGACCCCAUCGCGGUGCUGAAGGAUGAUAAUGGUGUAGAGAUAAUUGAGAACAGCGAGAAAGCCGAACACUUAGGACAGUACUUUGCCUCGGUUUUUACUAGAGAAACAGAGUUUCGCUGUCUCAGUGCCGGCAAUGCUCUUGAGACUGUUGGUCCCGUGCUUGACUCCAUACACUUCCCGGCAGCCGCCAUGGAAAGGAAGCUGAAAAAUCUCAAAGAAGCAAAGUCCUCGGGUCCGGACAAUAUUCCGGCCAAAUUCUUCAAAGAAUUGGCGAAUGAACUCUCCACACCACUGGCACACAUCUUCCGCUCGUCGUUCGAAUUGGGGUGA